UUAUAUGGAUCGAACUUGAAGAAGAGUUAAAAAAAAAUCAAAAAAGUUAAGAUUCAUCUAAUAAUAAUAAAUUAGGUGAGACUGAUUUAUUCUUAAUUCGAGAUAGCGGGUGGAAAACAAAAAAUAUAUAUAGUAAUAAUAUAAAAUGUGUAUCCCUUUUUGCAAGAACAAUAUAGUGGUAAGGAAUUGUUUUCAAAGUUUAGCUUGUUAGGUGAAAUGAGGUCUAGUUUAUUGAUGUCUGUAGUUACUAGUGUUAUUACUCCAGCCAUAAAAAGCAAAUCUUGUUGUUUCAUGAGUUUAUUGCAUUAUCCACCAUUGAUGACUGCUAGCUACCGUUGUUUUCGUGCCCGAAGUAGGCUUUCGUGCUGUAAUAGUCACGCUGAUGAUGAUAUGCGUGCCCUCUUUCAGAUUCUGCCAUGUGACUUACGGGACACCCUUUUGUGUGACCCCAGCCAAGAUCAACUAGUAGAGGUGAUUUUAGAUUUAGGCUGUUUGCCACAAGCACAUUACAUAAAUGAUUCUGGGAGGCGUUACCUUCGAGAUACUGAGGUCUCUAUGGAAGAAAUACAAUGUGUCCUCAAGGAAAUUGGACAAUUUGGAGGAGAUAACAGAGCUGGCAUUGAGGGUACUUUGCAUCGCAUUUCCGCAAUUAGGAAUAGGAAGGGUGAAGUCAUUGGUUUGACUUGCCGAGUUGGCAGGGCCAGAGGACAGAUUGACAUGGUGCGGGACUUGCUUGAUUUUGGUGAAAGCAUCUUGUUUGUUGGACGACCUGGUGUUGGUAAAACUACGGUUGUGCGAGAGAUAUCUCGUGUCUUGUCAGAUGAACUUCAUAAAAGAGUGGUUAUUGUUGACACAAGCAAUGAAAUAGGAGGUGAUGGGGAUAUCCCACACCCAGCAAUAGGAGGGGCAAGAAGAUUGCAGGUUCUAGACCCAUCGAUGCAGCAUCAGGUUAUGAUUGAGGCAGUGGAGAACCACAUGCCUGAGGUGAUCAUUAUAGAUGAGAUUAGCACUGAAUCUGAAGUUCAUGCUUGUCGUACAAUUGCUGAGAGAGGCGUUAUGCUUAUUGGUACAGCUCAUGGCGAACAGCUAGAGAAUAUAAUUAAGAAUCCAACUCUGUCUGAUCUGAUUGGAGGAGUAGUAAUUGUGACUCUAAGUGAUCAGGAGGCACGAAUCAGGAACAGCAGUAAAAGUGUUCUUGAGAGGAAAGCUCCAGCGCCCUUUCCUUUUUUGAUUGAAAUAAACGAGAGAGACUACUGGAUUGUACACCGGAACAACAUGCAGACUGAAAGAAGUGUCGAUGCUCUACUUCGGGGUAAAAAACCACUAGUUGAGGUUAGGAGGAGAACUCCGCAAUUACAGGUUGUGAUUGAGAGAUGGAGAACAAAAGCCUAAAUACAAUUAACUUCUGCUACUGCUCUACUGGAGAAAAAUGUAUGUGUACAUUUGAAAACUUCAUAUGGAGCUUGCAAUGUGAUGGAAAUGGAUGUUGAAAAUCUUUGCGGAGGUUGAAAUUCAUCUUUUCACAAAGUUGGCCUUCUAACAAGCAUAGUACAUGAUCAAAACCAGCAUGUUUUGAGGGCUUUGAGAAACCAAAAAUGUUUCGAAAACGGUGAAGUUGAAGGAACUACUGACCUACAUGACUAGAAGAUACAUACUGAGUAUCCCAACAAAAAGGUAGCAAAAGAAAUUCUAUGAUCAUCCAAACAUUGUAAUGGAUCAACAGAUACGUUCUUGUGAGUUCAAUUGAAUCCAUUUGGUCUCUCUUUUUAUGUUACAAAAUAUAUAAGUAUCAGAUAUUAGUACAAGUUAGUUAAGUUUCAUUCUUUUGAUUUCCAAACUGAUAAAAAGGGAGCAGUUAAAUAUUUUGUAAUCCUUAUUUAAAAAUAGAUCAAAGUUGAUUAUGUUAACCUUUUGAUUUCCAAAA